AUGACAGACGACGACGAUCAGGCGACCGGCUGGGAGUUCGAAGCGUUCAAGAAGGACUACCUGGCGAGGAGAUGCAGCCUGACACUUCUGACGCCCGUGCAUGCCCCAGGCGGAACAAUCAAGAUCGACGAGGCGCGCUGCCUGGAAAACCUCCCCGACAACCGCACCUCGACGGGACACGACCCCGCCCUCCGGCGCGAAGCCAAGAACACCCCGACGGAAGAAGGCAUCACGGCCCCCAAAAAGCCACUGCCGCGCCAGCCACGAUGGACGGCCGACGACGAGAGAGCCCUGGAUCGAGCUUUCCAGCGAGCAGAGGCCGACAGAGCCGCCGAGGCAACACCGCCAAGAAACGAAGCCGUGGAAGCGGCAAAGCUCGCAAGGAAUGCCGCUGAACCAUCUCACGAAGGACCGGCCGCGCGACGAGGGGGGGCCGAGACGGACUCCGACCACGACACGGAGCCCGGACCCAGCGUCGAGGAGCACUUUCGGGGCAUGCUGGCCAUCAAGAAGAUGUCAGGCGACGGCAACUGCCUCUUCCACGCGCUCGGAGAGAACACCGGCGAGAGCGGGGCAUGCCUCCGAGCCCUAAUCAUCCAGUACCUCAGAGAGAACGCAGAAGCCGAAGAAGACGAAGAGCAAGUGCAGGCCUGGCUACAGGAAAGCCAAUACCUCCAAAGCGAUCCGGGUCACUGGGGCGGCGACACGGCCAUCAUCGCUUUCACCCGCAUGAGGCAGCAGCGAGUCCUUUUGCACUGGCGGACGCCAAACGGCGACAUCCUCACGAGCGAGCGCACGCACUCGGACGUGGACGAAGCAGCCCAACGCGGGCCGCACGCAGCACCGAACGCCACGGAAGUGAUCCAUCUCUGGUACAACGGCAGGGACCACUACGACCUGCUGCACGGACCCACCCGCAGUGCAAGCCUCCCAUCCUUCGCCGCCUGA